UUGGACCCCAAGUGACAUCAGCCCGUUCCAGCAAAGCAUGAAUGACUACAAGCCUCUUGGUGUUCAUCAGGGUGUUACCCGACGAUAAAAGGUCUUGGUGCUAGCCUUCCCCUUGGCCCGUCUCUCGGCCAGUAGAGGUCGAGGAGAUUCCACGCAUCCGUCAGGGAGGCAGGGAGGCGAUACAGCUGACUGGGUAGCGGGAAACUUCACGACUCGGAGACGUCUGUGUUGAGUCGCGGCAUUGCGACACUAACGUGGCUGAUAUCGUUCUUGGCCUAGCGAACGAUAAACCGACAGUACACAGCAGAUUAUUAAAUGGCCCGGAUCCCCAUGCUCGAAGCCAACUCUUUUUCGCCCGAGAAGCCUAAAGAAACCCAUGGGGAACUUGGCAUUCCCAUUCUACCCAUCCUAUCCCUGGAACCAUGGUCUUGGCCUCUCCCAUUUGCUGCUCGUGAUAUUUGAACUCUCCACCCCUUCGGAGGUGACAGCGAAAGCGGCCGCUCGACAGAGCGCCCACACUGAAAUACACUUCCACUUGCGUGCUUAUCCAGAAUCAAGCUUCCACUACUUGCUUACGAAAGGUCACACCUCCACCACCUCAGGACUUGAUGUUUUUUCUUACCGAUCUUCAAACAACAAGACCAUAAGGAGACACGGCCGCACACUCCGACUUACGACAUCACUUCAGGGGCGGGCGAGCACUAUCCGCCUCGACACAUUGCCGUACCGCAACCCGAUAUCCGAUUGGCGCUACCGCGGGUGGAAGGAAGACUAGCUGGUCAGACACGGGUCUCUGACACUGCUGCAUGUAAUCCUACAUAUGCAUAAAGUCAUUGGACUCGUUUUUGUCUGCUGCUUCUGGACACGCCCAGCACAGUUCCGCGCUGGCGGAUAAGGCACCAUUGGCCAGAUUGAAGGCAGAUUUCCUGAUCCACGAGGCCCGCCCUUCCGCGGUGUGUAGGUGUGCAGGUGUGUAGGUCACGGUGUGUGUUGUCAACGGGCUAUAAACGAUCUACCCGAAAAUUUCGACACUGGGCACUCGCCACGCCGGUCUGGAAGGACCGGCCCCACAACCACGCACAUACAUCUAUCCAUCUACCUGUCUACCUUACAUAUCUAGUUUGUCAUACACGGGCCCUCAAGCCCAUGGGCUCAACUGCACAUUCUUGUGACUCAAGUGUUGCUCACACACUUGCUUAUUUUAUUUCCCUCUACUCGAUUCCUAAUCCCUCAGCAAAGGAGGAGAGAGGAAGAAAGUAAUAUAUAAGAAGAGAAAACAAAAAUGUCGACAGUAGUGUCCCGCGUCCCGGUGGACGCCGGUGACGCCGAGAAGCACGGCACAACGGAGGAGCAGCACCAUGGCCACCACCAUCACCACCAGCUGUACCAGAAGCACGGGAAACUGGUGUCGAUGCUCAAGGUGGACGACGGCGAGGUCUACGAGAGCCACCCGGAGAAGCAUCCCCGGUGGUACCAGCGGAUCCUGGAGGUGGGCGUCGAGGAGAACGGCAUCAAGCCUGUCCCACUCGAGAAGCGGACGGACGGGCGCUUCUAUAACCUGUUCACUGUCAUGUUCACGGCGCUCAUGUGCCUGCUACCGCUGCCAACAGGCAUGCUAGCGACCAUCUCGUUCGGCAUGUCCCUCCGCGACGCGGCGCUGGUGAUCCUCUUCUUCUCGGUGAUAACCGUGAUCCCGCCGGCCUUCCUCGGGAUCGGCGGCACGCAGACGGGGCUGCGGCAGCAGGUGCAGGCGCGGUACUCGUUCGGCCUGUACCUGGCCACGGUGCCGCUGCUCCUCAACGCCGCGACCAUCAUCGGCUUCUCGCUGGUGGCGGCCAUCGUGGGCGGGCAGGCGCUGGCCGCCGUCAACCCGUCGGCCGUGAGCGACAACGUGGGCAUCGUGGUGGUCUGCCUCGUCAGCUUCGCCGCCUCGCUGAUGGGCUACCGCGCGCUGCACGUGUUCAACGCGUGGUCGUGGAUCCCCAACCUCGUCGCCAUCGUCAUCGCCGUCGGCUGCGGCGGGUCCAAGCUGCGCCUGCAGUCCGACGUGCCGCCCGCCACGGUGCAGCAGGUCCUGUCGUACGGCGGCCUCAUCGCGGGCUACUUCCUCACCUUUGGCGGCACCGUGUCCGACUACUCCAUCUACCACGACCCGCGCGCCGUGCGCAAGCCCGUCGUCUUCGCCAGCUACUACCUGGGCAUGUUCACGCCGUCGGUGCCGCUGCUGAUCCUGGGCGCCGCGAUAGGCGGCGCCACGCCCAACGUGCCCGAGUGGGCCGCGGCGUACGAGUCCCUCGGCAUCGGCGGCGUCGUGGCCGAGAUGCUGGCGCCGGCGGGCGGCUUCGGCAAGUUCGUGCUGGUCCUGCUGGCGCUGAGCGUCAUCGGCAACAUCGCCAUCUCCAUGUACUCGGUGGCGCUGUGCCUGCAGAUGAUCGUGCCCUUCUUCGCGCGCAUCCACCGCUUCCUGUUCAUCGUCGCCACCUUCGCCGUCAUGAUCCCCUGCUCCAUCGAGGCCGCCCGCGCCUGGGAGGAGUCCCUCGAGAACUUCCUCGCCCUCAUCGGGUACUGGGCCGGGUGCUUCGACGCCGUGCUCAUCAUGGAGCUCGUCGUCUUCCGGCGGAUGGACUACUCCUCGUACGACCACGCCAUCUGGAACGUCGGGAGGGAGCUGCCCACGGGGAUACCCGCGCUGCUGGCGAGCAUCAUCAGCUUCGGGCUGGUGGUCCCCGGGAUGGCCGAGGCGUGGUACACGGGGCCGAUUGCCGAGAAGACGGGGGACAUUGGGUUCGAGUCGGCGUUUGUGGUCACGGGGUUGUGUUAUUUCCCUCUUCGGUGGCUUGAGAUCAGGUGGAGGGGACGGCUGUGAUGGGAUGGGAUAGAUAUGCUGCAUGGAAAGGGAACAGCGCCCCGUUUCUGAGGCUCUGAACGACGUGACGACGAUAAUGACCGACCACAACAACAACACAAGUAUAGACAGCAUUGACGGCGGCGGCAUAGACUGCACCCCUCUCCCCUGGAAGAGGGUUAUAUAGACAUGCAGCCAUGACACGCGACAAUACCAUUUGAACUUUGUUUCUUUUCUUUCAUCUCAUGCGUCCAUCAAUCAAUCAUUCCGCUGUCCCAUCCAUCCACCCAUCCACCCAUCCACCCACACCGACGCUGGCUGUAGAGACAAAGACUACCGCAUGAUCCUCCCACAGAGCACCAUGUCGUCGCCCAUCUGGGUCCAGACGACGUCCGUCAGCCUCGGCCCGGGGACGCGGCGCAUGUGCGCGUCGACGGGCCUCUCGGGCGCGACGGUGACGGCGCCGGCGCCCAGCCACACGGGGGCCACCGUGACGAUGACCGAGUCCACCACGUCGAGCCCCUCGUUGGCGAGCAGCAGCAGGUCGUUGAUGACGGCGGCCCCGCCUUCCACCAUGACGCUGUUGAUGCCCUCCUCCCACAGCACGCCAAAGAUGUUGUCCCACGUCAUCACCGGCCUCGGGCCGGCAACGCCGCCGCCGCCGCCGCCGCCGCCGCCCACCCCCUCCCCUCGCGCCUGGUCCGC